AAGGAAAAAUGGAAAACAAAGUUGAUAAUUGCCUCCUCUCACUCUCUCUCUCUUUUUUUUUGAGGGGUUUUACUAGGACUCAAAAUAUUAAGCUCAAUUAACAACUUCAUUGUCUCUGAUAAUAGCCAUUAUGAUAUUCCCUCUUCAGGUAACAUUUUUCUUGAAAAUCAGUCAAUUUUCCUAGUGUCAAAACCUCCAUCUACAACCCCAAAUUUCCUUAUUCUAGGAAAAAAAAAAUCCCACCCAACCUGUCUCUUCCUAAAUUCAGACUCAAAACAAAAUAAAAAGCAACGUCACGUUACCAAAACCUCCAUUCUCGAUUCUUUCUUUUCCAUCUCUCUCUUGGAACAAAAUCCAAACACAUAGAGGACACAACCAAACAAAAAAACAAAAAACAAAAAAAGGAAAAAAAAAAUGAGGUCCAAUUCGAAGACAACUCAGUUCCCAGUGAGUAUCAAGCUCAUCCUUCUCUCCUUAUUCUUCAUCUUCCUCCUCGUUCUGGUAAUCAGAUCAGGUUUCACUCCCCAACAAGCUCCAUUAGUCGUUUCUGAAACCCAUCUCACAAACUCCAUAACUCCAUCAGAGGACCCACAAUCUUCAUCACCAUCAUCCUCAUCAUCUUCAUCGCCAUGUCCAACAACAACAACCUCCAUUGAUAAACCACUGAUCGCAUCAACAACAUGCGGCAAAGCACCACCAUCCUUAGCCAACGCCAUAAUCCACUACGCAACGACCAACAUAACCCCACAACAAACCUUCAAAGAAAUCUCAGUCUCAUCGAGAAUCCUGGAGAAGAAAUCCCCCUGCAACUUCCUCAUUUUUGGUCUGGGCCACGACAGCCUGAUGUGGACUUCACUCAACCAUGGAGGCCGUACGAUCUUCCUCGAAGAGGACAAAGCCUGGAUCGACCAGAUCAAGGAGAGAAUCCCAUCCUUAGAGGCCCACCACGUGACGUACGACACCAAAGUCCACCAGGCCGAAGAGCUUCUGAAGCUCGGAGAAGACGACGAGUGCAAGACGGUGAGCGACCCGAGAUCGUCGAAAUGCCAAUUGGCGCUGAAGAAUUUCCCAAACGAAGUUUACGAAAUCGAGUGGGAUUUGAUAAUGGUGGACGCUCCGACAGGUUAUUUCGACGGAGCUCCGGGAAGGAUGAGCGCGAUAUACACGGCGGGGUUGAUGGCGAGGAACAGAGAGAGUGGAGAGACCGAUGUGUUCGUUCACGACGUUGAUAGAGUUGUGGAGGACAAGUUCUCCAAGACUUUCCUCUGCGAAGGGUAUUUGACAGAGCAAGAAGGACGUAUUAGGCAUUUCACUGUUCCGAGCCAUAGAACCCGAUCUGGUAGACCCUUUUGCCCGUAGAGAAAGAUUUGGAUAUUCGCUUGGUCUGAAUCUUCUUCUUUUCUUUCUUUCUUCUUCGUCUUCGUCUGUCUUGGUCGCUGUGUUUUCUCAUCACCUGCUUAUGGCGGUGAUUCAUGGAGGAUGGAGAGGAUUGGGGAAGAGGGUAGGUGACACGUGUCUCCUAAAACUUUUAUUAAUUUUUUUAAUUUUUGUUUUUAUUAUAUGAUAAUACAUGUAUGUUUGCAUUUUCCAAAAUAUAAAUGGAGGGCUGGAGAUUGAGCGGACUCUGGUCUUUUAGACGUAAAUUACCCUCUUUUUUUUUAUUUUAUUUUUUGAUAUUAUGUUUUCAAUAUGAUAAUCGAAAUUAUAUAAACAUCAUUUAUAUAUUUUAAA